UACAUGCAAAAGAGUUUGUGAGUCAAAUAUUUAUAGGUUAAAGCGUGUCGGUGUUUUGUAUCUGAAAAAUUAACUUAAAAUGCCGUAUUUAUGUUUGAUUCAAGAAGAAAUUGAAGAUUACGUCGAAUGCCUUAAAAAUUCUCAAGAUGAUCUUUAUACAGUGGUUGCGGUACCAAUUGACAAUAAGAAUAAUAAAAGUGUGGAAGGUGUAGAGGAAGAUUUAUAUCCCGAUACAAUUCUUCCUUCUGAGAAAUGGAACAAUAAAAUUAUUCUUAUGCUUUCUGAUGAUAUAAAUUGCGAUUCCGAAGAUAUACAAGAACGCAAAAUGUCUGAAGAAACUUUAGAGCGGGAAAUAUCUUGGGCAGCGCAUUUACAAUUUGCUGGAUACGUAAUGGUGCGCCUCAAAAAUAAAAACAACACUAAUUUAGCUCGUUUGCUCUCUAAAUCCAUUAAAGGUAACGUGAUUGUUCGUGUUUUACUCAAUGCACCAAAAUCUGAACAAGAUGGUUUUACUGGUAAGGCUUGUGAAAAUGAGAAUGAAGAUAUUCGAUCUGAGUUUGAUCCUUGGCAUUGGUGGAAGAAAUUUCAUGCUCUCACCAAUUACAGUCCUAAAGUCAAAGUAGUAGUUGAAGUUCAUCCAAAUGAAGUACCUUCAAAGCAGGAAGUACUUCGCUGGCUAGGCGAGCCUCUGGAGGGAGUAAUUGUGCCAUCUCAGAUGUUUAUCAAAAAUGCAAAUGAUUAUCCUGUAUUGCCAAAGAUUUGGCAAAGUGUUUUAAUAGAUUUUGUACAAAUGCACAAAAAUUUUUUCGUAACAACCACCAAAUCCGAUUGUGCUAAAAAGUUGUAUGCAGAGUACUUAAAAAACUUCAUAGAAAAACAUGAAGUGAUAACUAAUUUAGAUGGGUUUGAAGAUUUACUUGAAAUUCCCCUUCAGCCAUUGCAUGAUAACUUGGAUUACUAUACCUAUGAAAUCUUUGAAAAGGAUCCGACUAAAUAUGAAGUUUAUAAAAAAGCUAUUAUUGCAGCUCUCAAAGAUCGUGUACCUGAAGCAGAGAUUGAAACAAAAUUGACAAUUAUAAUGGUUUUGGGAGCAGGUCGCGGACCUCUCGUACGUGCUGCACUUGAGGCUGCAGAUGAUACUAAGAGAAAAGUGCGCAUAUAUGUUAUUGAAAAAAAUCCAAAUGCUAUACGUACUCUAAAUGCAUUUGCUAAAAAUUCGUGGGCUGGAAAAGAUGUACAUAUAUUUUCAAAAGAUAUGCGUCUUUUUGCGCCUCCUGAGAAGGCUGACAUAAUUGUAUCCGAACUCCUGGGUUCGUUUGGUGAUAAUGAACUCUCUCCCGAAUGUUUGGACUGCGCUUUGAAGCUUUUGAAGGAGGAUGGUAUUAGUAUACCAUGUAAAUCAAUAUCAUUCAUAAAUCCAAUCAUGUCCGCUAAAUUAUAUGCAAAUUUAUGUCAUUUACAUUUUCGUGCCGAAACAAUGAGUAAAGAAAAAAAUGCCAAUCACGACGAAAGCACAUUUGUUGUACAUUUAAAAUCAGUUUAUAACAUCGCAAACCCUCAAGCACUAUUUGAAUUUUGGCAUCCAAAUAAAGAAGAACCAAUCGACAAUACUCGCUACAAGACACUGCAAUUUAAAGUGGAACUAGAUUGUGUUUUAAAUGGUAUAGCAGGUUAUUUUACAGCUGUUCUGUAUAAAGAUAUUAUAAUAAGUAUAAAUCCAAUGACGUACACUCCUUAUCUGACUUCAUGGUUUCCAAUAUUUUUCCCAAUAAAUAAACCGAUGAACUUAAAAAAAGGUGACAUUGUUGAAAUCAACUUUUGGCGUUGCAUAUCAAAACAAAAAGUUUGGUAUGAAUGGUGCAUUAGCGGGCCUUAUGUUACAGGUGUUCAUAAUCAAAAUGGCAUCUCAUCGCCUAUAUAUUUAUAAAAAUAUACUAUUUUAUAGUAAAGAACUUAAAUUGUAAGAUUUUGUACAUUGCCAAAUAGUUUUAUUUAUAAUAACAAAUCUCA